GAGAGAGAGAGUUUGUGGAGUCUGGAGAAUCAUUCUAAACUCUGAACCCCAGAUUCAUCUUGUUAUCGGCAUUGGAUUGAAGGGUGCCCGCCAUGGUUGUUGACUUAGAAAGAAGAAGGAAUCAGCCAUGGGUAUUCAGUUCUACUGCGUGGGGAGAAAGUCUUCACUUCAGGUUCGCAAGACACAGAAUGUAAUGACAGGCAAGAAUGCUGCUUAUCUAUUUACCAAGACAGAACCAUGGUCCCGUACAUGCCAUUUAGUAAGGUUGGGGUUGGCUUCAUCCGUGGAACACAAGUAUUUAAUUACCAGCACAAGCGUACUCUGGUGAAUAUUAGAUUGAAAUGGGUUAAAGAUAGGGCACUGGAUGCUGUUGUGACUGCUGAGAGGGAUCUCAAAGCUGCGUGUGUUCUUGUUUCCAUUAUCUCCUCCUCGUCUGAUGGCUGCCUCCCCAUAUACCAUCUCACGUGUCAUCGUGGACAACUUGAUCUUCCUUAUGACCUCAAGGUCUCUACUUUUAUUAGGAGAUACCCAUCUGUUUUUCUAGAGUCCCACGUUCUUGAUAGUGGUGGCACUCGUGUCCCAUGUUUUAACUUAACUCCUGAAGCCAUAAAACUCCACCAAGAAGAGUCCAAUGUCGUCCAUCAGAAUCAGAGUGAUAUCCUUAAUAGGCUUCGGAAACUGCUCAUGCUCACUAGGGGCUGGAAGCUUCCUUUACAAACCAUUGACCAGCUGAAAUGGGACCUAGGUUUGCCAUAUGAUUACCAGCAUUCAGUAAUUCCACAUCACCCUGAUCUAUUCUCUUUCAUCAGCUUACCUGAUGACCGUGUUGGCUUAAAGCUUUUAUCCUGGGAUGAUGACCUUGCUGUCUCCCAGUUGCAAAAGAAUUCUGCUAUACAGCAAGAGGAAGAAGAUGUGAGAAGUGGCUGUUUAGCUUUUCCAAUUGGGUUUACUAGGGGUUUUGGAUUGAAGAGAAAAUGCAUGGAGUGGUUGAAAGAGUGGCAAAGCCUCCCUUAUAAUUCUCCAUACUGUGAUGCCUCCCAUUUAGAUCCUCGUACAGAUGAAUCGGAGAAGAGGAUUGUUGGAGUCUUCCAUGAGCUUCUUCAUCUCACUAUGCAAAAGAAAACUGAACGUAAGAAUGUGAGCAACCUUCGUAAACCUUUGGCCCUACCCCAGAAGUUCACUAAAGUGUUUGAGCGUCAUCCAGGUAUUUUCUACAUUUCCAAAAAGUGUGCCACUCAAACUGUCAUUCUGAGGGAAGCCUAUGAUCGUCAACAACUCUUGCAGAAACACCCUAUUGCAGAACUGAGAGAAAAAUUUGCGAUGCUGUUGAGGAAAGGUUUGCUGGAUAGGAGCAAAGGUCUAUACAAGAAAAGUCCAGGUGAUGUAUUUGAAGUGGAUCCAUCAAAAAAUAUCGUUGUUGAUAAUAUCAGUGAUUACCGAUCCAGCUUUAAAGAGGAUUCGGAGAAUGAUUUGCUUUAUGAGUAUGACUCAGAUGAACAACACGACCCUUGCUGAGUCUGAAGUCGAAGUUAGCAGGGGAAUCAAUUAGUGUAAUCAAUUGAUGUAAUCAUUGGUGUAAUCAAUUAGCAGAUAUGCAUUUCAGGCAAGAUUUGCAACCAUUUUCAGAACAGGGAGCUGGACAGGAGCAGGGGAAAAGUGCAGGUGCUAGUCUAGAAGAAGAAACAGUGUAGCACAUAUUAUGUCAAAGUUACUCUGUAAAGAUGCAAAUCAUUCAAAGGUUGUACAAUUUAUUUUGUAGUUGCUACAAAUCAGUUAGAGUUCAUUAGUCUUUGUGGAUG